GUAAAGCGUAACAGUUGUGCAAAAAGUGUGGAAUAGAAAUGUGGCUUGUGAUUAAGUAUAGUAUGAGUCUUGUGCUGUUAUGCAUCGGCUUAGGAGAAACCACAUAUAUUAUUGGGCCCAAAUUUAUUCAACCUAAUCGAGAUUACACAGCAGCUGUCGUUAAUAUCCAUAACAGCAGCGAAAUGUUGUUGUUACGCCUAAUAGGAAUGGACCUUCAAGGCCGUCCGUUGUUUAAUCUCACGAAAACGAUGUACAUGACACCAUACACCAAUAAAAUGAUAACUUUCCGAAUUCCAAGCAACAUAACGAUAGAAAAUUUCGCUAUCAUAACAGUGGGACAUGCAUUUUAUAAGGAAUUUCCACUUGAAUAUCGUAGCUUGCAUCUGUCCGGAUUAAUACAACUUAAUAAACCCGUCUUCAGUCCAGGCGAUAAACUAAUGUUCCGUGUGAUUGUGACCGAUGAAAAUCUAAAGCCACUUAAGUCACAUGAAACUAAAGUGUCCAUAUUCGUAAAAGAUCCUAAAGAUAAUGUGAUAGGACAAUGGAACAAUAACGUGCAAUUAUGA